GGAAGUAGGCGGCGGAGGUGGUGUCCGAGGUGUCGGCAGCUGCCAGGGAAACCGAGGCGCGGGACACACUGCCGGCAGAAAGGCAGGCCCGGGGGUCGGCUCUGCGUCCGGCACCCAGGAAGCCUCGGGCUCCCUUCGCCUGGGCUGAAGGUCCCUGGUCCAGCAACCUCCGCUGGACCCAGGCCUUUCCCUGAGCCCGCCAGGGGGCGCGGCGCCGAGGGGCUGAGGAGUGGGGGGCUGACGCCGCUGACCCUAGAGGGGCGCCGGGAGGUGCGGGAGGAGAGCUCUCCCCCGCUCAGGUGGUGCUCCUGGGCGGGGGACCGGGAGUUCUCACCUCGGACUGAGACGGGGGCAUCUGGGGGCGAGGAGGGCGCGUCGCCCUCUGCCCCCGCCGGCACCCUGGCCAUGACCGGCAAGUCGGUGAAGGACGUGGAUCGGUACCAGGCGGUCCUGGCCAACCUGCUGCUGGAGGAGGAUAACAAGUUUUGUGCGGACUGCCAGUCUAAAGGGCCACGAUGGGCCUCCUGGAAUAUUGGCGUGUUUAUCUGCAUUCGAUGUGCUGGAAUCCACAGGAAUUUGGGGGUGCACAUAUCCAGGGUAAAAUCAGUUAACCUCGACCAGUGGACUCAAGAACAGAUUCAGUGCAUGCAAGAGAUGGGCAAUGGAAAGGCAAACCGGCUUUAUGAAGCAUACCUUCCUGAGACCUUUCGGCGACCUCAGAUAGACCUAGCUGUUGAGGGAUUUAUUCGAGAUAAAUAUGAGAAGAAGAAAUACAUGGACCGAAGUCUGGACAUCAAUGCCUUUAGGAAAGAGAAGGAUGACAAGUGGAAAAGAGGGAGUGAACCAGCUCCAGAGAAAAAAAUGGAACCUGUUGUUUUUGAGAAAGUGAAAAUGCCACAGAAAAAAGAAGAUUCACAGCUACCUCGGAAAAGUUCCCCCAAAUCCACAGCGCCCGUCAUGGAUUUGUUGGGCCUUGAUGCUCCUGUGGCCUGCUCCAUUACAAAUAGUAAGACCAGCAAUACACUAGAGAAGGAUUUAGAUCUUUUGGCCUCUGUUCCAUCCCCAUCUUCAGUUUCCAGAAAGGUUGUAGGAUCCAUGCCAACUGCCGGGAGUGCUGGUUCUGUUCCUGAAAAUCUGAACCUGUUUCCGGAGCCAGGGAGCAAGUCAGAAGAAAUAGGCAAGAAACAACUCUCCAAGGACUCCAUCCUCUCACUAUAUGGAUCCCAAACGCCUCAAAUGCCUGCCCAAGCAAUGUUCAUGGCUCCUGCUCAGAUGGCAUAUCCCACAGCUUACCCCAGCUUCCCUGGGGUUACACCUCCUAACAGCAUCAUGGGGAGCAUGAUGCCCCCACCAGUCGGCAUGGUAGCUCAGCCUGGAGCUUCUGGAAUGGUUGCCCCUAUGGCCAUGCCUGCAGGCUAUAUGGGUGGCAUGCAGGCAUCCAUGAUGGGGGUGCCGAAUGGGAUGAUGACUACCCAGCAGGCUGGCUACAUGGCAGGAAUGGCAGCUAUGCCCCAGACUAUGUAUGGGGUUCAGCCAGCUCAGCAGCUGCAAUGGAACCUCACUCAGAUGACCCAGCAGAUGGCUGGGAUGAACUUCUAUGGAGCCAACGGCAUGAUGAACUAUGGCCAGUCAAUGAGCGGUGGAAAUGGACAGGCAGCAAAUCAGACUCUGAGUCCUCAGAUGUGGAAAUAAAAGCAAAACACCUGUAUGGCUGCCACUUUCCUUAGCCUUUGCUCUCCCCCUUCUUUCCUCACCUCUCCUCCCCGCCAUCCCUUUUUCCUACCUCUCUCUAUUUGAUUUAGAAAUUGCUCAAUAAGUCAUUUGGGGUUUGGCAUCCUGUCCAACCCAGCCACUUCCCAAACAUGCAGACCUCUCUGUUGCUCUAUGUUGUUCAUGUCCCCUGGCCAUCCUGACUUCCUCUCCAGCCACAGCCCCUAUCCUUUCCUGGCACCAGCACCUUAGAAAUUGUUGGCAGAAGGCACUUGAACCACAGGGAAAAUGUGCACACUUUUCAGUACCUUCCCUCAAGGUUGAACCUCCUGUCAGACCCUUAGAAAGGUCUGUGGCAUUGUGCAUUAGGCAAAGGGGAGGGUGUAGAGAUUCUUCUAUAUGUGUUAAUAAGCUAUUUCUAAGUGUUUAAAGUUUUGGUUAAAGAGAGGUAUCAUGUUCCCAUGCUUUAUGGGAAUGAAAAAAGUCCUGCAAUCAAAUUAAAUACUCCUUGGGUCUUGGAUCAGGUUGACCCUAGCCUUGGGGUGAGGCAAGCCCCUUCCUGUGUGGAUGAGCAAAAAUAUUACUCCACUUUGCCCUGAGUUGCUUUCUGGAUCUGGGGCUUCAGGACUCGCUGCUUCAGUCAGCCUUUAUUAGCACCAAAGACUUUAUGAAGGUCCCAUACAGAUGCACAUCCCUGCUGCCUCCUCCCUGCCAUCAGAGGAUCCGGCUCCAUGGCUGGAGGACCAGCCCCAGUGUGGGGAUGCAGAGCUUAAUCUGUGCACUGCUUAUGUGUGUGUACAUGUGGAUAUCGCCUCCCACCCUCUCCCUAACUGCUCUGGGCAUUUUUGUUUUUGUUUGUUAGUUUUAGGUUUAUAACAGAGAGGAGUUAAUUUAUCAACAGUCUAAAACUGUUGCCAGUUUUUCUUAUAUUUAAAAAAAAAUUACCAUCUCAUCGAUAGCUCCCUAUCUCCUUUCCCUUCUCCCAUCUGCCAGUCACUCUUUCAUACCCGCGUAUCCAGGUAUUUUAUUUGCCCACCUGUUUCCCAGUGUGUGAGGCAGAGAGCCUGGACAGCUUUCCUCUCAGCCAUUGUUCACCCCACUUGAAAAUUCAAACAAAAAAACUUUGCUUAAAGGAUUUCAUGUGUGGGAACCACAAUGCCUGUUUGCCUUUCUCCUGUGUAUGUGUAAAUUCCUUAAUAAAUAUUGCAGGGAAGGAC